GACUCAGUUCAUGCAAGAAACGGAUACGGCAAAAUGGGAAAAAACGGUGUUGUGCUAACAUUCAUUUGCAUUCUCGCGACCAUUGUGAGUUGUGAGAAGGCCCGUUUCGAUAACUACCGAGUGUUUACGGUUGGUGUAGAAAGUGAAGAUCAAAUAAAUGUAUUGCUUGAUUUGGAAAGGAUGUCUUCAUCAGGCUAUGACUUCUGGACUAGUCCUACUAAAAUUGGUCGAUCUGUAGACAUUAUGGUGCCCCCACAUAAGUCUGCGGAAUUUGAAGAAGUUAUGACAACGUAUCAGUUUGCUACGACAUUGAAAGUUGAAAACGUUCAGGAGCUCAUUGAUAACGAACAGCCGAAAUUCAGAGCCAGAGAUGGUGAAUUUGGAUGGACACAGUAUCAUACCCUUGAAGAGAUCUACGCUUGGUUGGACUUGAUGCUAGAACAAUACAGCACGGUCCUAACACCCAUUACUGCAGGAAACAGUUACGAAGGCCAACCAAUUAGAGGAGUUCUACUGUCCUAUCGCGAGGGAAAUCCUGCUGUCUUCAUUGAAUCCAAUACUCAUGCUAGGGAAUGGAUCACUUCUGCUACGGCUACAUACAUCCUUAAUGAAUUCCUAACAUCAACUGAUCCUGAUAUUCGUCGAAUUGCUCAAAACUACGACUGGUACAUCUUUCCUAUUUACAAUCCCGAUGGCUUUCGGUUCACUCAUGAGAAUAAUCGAAUGUGGAGAAAGACCCGCUCCCGCCAUGGUUUAAUUUGCAAAGGUGUUGAUUCAAAUCGAAAUUGGGGUUUCACAUGGCAAGAUGGAUCAGGCCCUGGUGCAAGCAAUGACGUUUGCUCAGACACAUACGCUGGACCUGAAGUGUUCUCUGAACCAGAAACCAGGCAAAUAGCUGACUUUGUCCUUGAGCAUGCCAACCAUAUCAAGCUUUAUUUAUCCUUCCACUCAUACGGCCAGUUGCUUCUGUAUCCAUGGUGCUACAAAUCCGAACCAGCUGACAAUUUUGACGAUCUUGUUCGAAUAGGAACAGCGACAUAUGAUAAACUUAAGGAAAUACAUGGCACAGAAUACACGGUUGAAAGUGCAUUCGAUCUCUACAUUUGCACUGGAUCUAGUAUUGAUUGGGUCUACGGAGAGGCUGGCAUAAAACUUGGCUUUACAUACGAAUUCCGUGACACAGGACGUUAUGGAUUUAUUCUUCCUGCUGAUCAAAUUAUUCCUAACGCUAUUGAGAUUUUGCAAUCAAUUAUUGCCAUGUUAGAUGAGAGCGACAGUUUGGGUUACAUGACGCCUUGAUGAACAGAUGUGUCAUUAUUAUUGAACAGCUAAUGUCUUAUCUAAUCUGUAUAUCAAAUGAUUGAUAAAUACAAAUUAUAUAAUAA